AUGCUUUAUCUAAAAGAAUGUCUAAGACAAAAAAGAAAUAUCGAGCAAACCGGUCUUGCCCAAGCUGGAGUGUCUCCUGAAAUGGCCGUACUUGUUGAAAGUGGGAUAGACAUAUUUUUUAGUGGAAGUUAUGCCGACAAUAAAACAGUUAACCAUUGCUGUCCAGUAGGACAAGCUCUUUUGCUUAAAACUAAUGAUGUGUGCUGGGACCCAAAAACUAAUCUAACUGGGCCGAUAACUAUGCAAUGUACAGAGUACAUUCGCUUUAAAAACUUUAAUGUUACCGAGGAUAAAAAAUUGAGCUUAAAAUUUUCAGAAGAUGAUAUUGAAACAUUUGAAACAUUUUGUUUAGGCAAUUUGACCCAAAUAAGAGAUGUGUCUUUUAAAAGAAUAUCUUUGAGGGCUGUAGUAUGUGCAGAUGAAGAUAAAGAAAUUCUCGACGACAGGGUAGUGGGAUACUGCAUGAUAGUUUCAUUGUUAUUCCUCGUUCCAACAGCUAUUGUGUACUCUGCGUUACCAGAACUCAGAGAUAUUCAAGGAAAGAGUAUUAUAAACUUCUGCAUGAGUUUGGCUAUUGCUAAGGGAAUAUUAGCCAUUAUGAAAUUAAUGGAAUACUCUGAUAUGUCUUUGUGUGCCACACGAGGUUUUUUGGCAUAUUUUUUUCUAAUGGUCGCUUUCUUUUGGACGAACGCUAUUUCUAUACAGGUCCUGUUAAAUACAAGUUUUAGGAGACCAACGACUUUGGACUACAGCUGGCAUGAAUUUAAAUGGUAUUUCGUAUAUGCUUGGGGGGUUCCUACUGUUCUCACCAUCUGUAUGGCCAUCGUAAACUUCCACCCUGGUAAUCACCAGAAACCUGGUAUUGGAUUGCAACACUGCUGGUUCUUUAAUAUCCAUCAACAGUGGUACUAUUUGUUCAGCGUUAUGUCUCUUUUACUGACUGCCAACAUCGCCAUAUUCAUCUAUGUAUCCAUAAUAAUAUGUCGUCUCAACUUCUCCUCAAGUCACCUGAAAGCGUUAAAAUACAAGUUGCUUAUGAGCUCACGCCUUGUUAUACUGAUGGGUCUGCCCUGGGUGUUUGAAAUGAUCGGAUCUUCGGCUGGCAGCCACAUAAUUUGGUCAAUAAUAGACGUGUUCAACUGCUUGCAAGGAAUAUUAAUAUUCUUACUACUCGUCGUUUUCCGCCGAAGGGUGAUAAAAGCAAUGCAUAGACAUGGCUGGCUGAAGUUCAUAUCAGGAGCAGUAGAAAAACAUCUCGCUUUCGAAGAUGACGAAGAAAAUGUCGUGCAACACACUGAGGUGGCCAUGUCAAUGAAUGAUAGGAAUGCUAGACAGUGA